AUGAAACAAUAUAAAUCUGGCCUUGAAAGAAAAACAUGGAGCCCUUGGCAACCAUUGGGACUCGUAAUAGGCGUUGGUAUUGUUGUUUCUUUAAUUCUCAUAGGUUUAGCACUAGGUUUAGGUUUGGGUAUUGGAUUACACAAUCGUAGUGGAAACGAGAUCGUGAUUGUAUCGCAAAACACAACAACAACAACAAUAACAACAAAUGCAAUAACACAAAUAACGACAGUAACAACUAUAGCAACGCUAACAACACCAACAACUAUAGCAACACGAACAACACCAACAACUAUAAGAAAGAGACCAAUAGCUACAACAGGAAGACAACUAAUUCUUAAUCCUUCGUAUAGAUAUGAACUACUGGAUCUUGUACUUGUGGAUGAACAAGAUGCACUUGUACUUUGA